CAGAUGUGCGAUAUGGGGAGCUCUGUAUCUAGCUCAGACUAUCGCUGUAACGGCUGUUAGAUAACAAUGGAACAUCAUUUUAUUUGACUGUGGAGCGGCGGCCACAUCAUAGAGCUCACCUGAAAGGGAAUGUUGAGAGGCCGCCGCGGUGCUGGAAGUUAUGGCCGGAUGGAUCGCACGUCUUCUGGAGUUGUUUCCCUGCUGCAACUUCCCAAGAUCAUAGGUAAAAAGUCUUUAUCACCAACAUGAGUUGGAGUUUUCUCACUCGACUUCUGGAAGAAAUCCACAACCACUCCACGUUUGUGGGGAAAGUGUGGCUGACUGUGUUAAUCAUUUUCCGCAUCGUGCUGACAGCGGUUGGGGGUGAGUCCAUCUACUCGGACGAACAGACAAAGUUCACCUGCAACACCAAACAGCCUGGGUGCAACAACGUAUGCUACGAUUCCUUCGCCCCACUCUCGCACAUGCGUUUCUGGGUGUUCCAGAUCAUCAUGAUUUCCACCCCCUCUGUCAUGUACCUGGGUUAUGCCAUUCAUAAGAUCGCCCGUUCCUCAGAGGAAGAGCGGCGCAAACACCAGAGACAUCAGAAGAGAAACCAUCACAGCCGGUGGAGAGAUGGACACCACCUUGAUGAGGUUUUAGAAGAGGAGGAUGAUGAUGCAGAGCCAAUGAUUUAUGAAGACAACACUUUGGAUGCACAGGAAGUCAAACCAGAUGUGGAUAAGGCCAACGGCCAAGAUUCAAUGAAGCACGAUGGCCGCCGUAGGAUCGUGCAGGAAGGCUUGAUGAGGAUGUACGUGCUUCAGCUUUUAUCCCGUGCCAUCUUUGAGGUGGGAUUUCUUACGGGUCAGUAUCUUCUCUAUGGAUUCCGUGUGAAGCCCUCCUACGUCUGCACCAAGAUCCCAUGUCCGCAUCGAGUAGAUUGCUUCAUUUCACGACCCACAGAAAAGACCAUCUUUUUGCUCAUCAUGUACGUUGUGAGCUGUCUUUGUCUCCUGCUUAAUGUCUGCGAGAUGUUUCAUUUGGGAAUCGGCGCCCUACGUGACACGCUUCGUAAGCGUAGAAACCACGACAGACAACCUUCGUAUAGCUUCCCCUACUCGAGGAACAUUCCUGCAUCUCCACCAGGUUACAACCUAGUGAUCAAAUCGGACAAACCGGGUCGCAUUCCCAACAGCAUCCUCGCACACGACCAAAACAGUGUGGUUCAAGAGCAACAUUGCUCAAGCCCUGAUGAGAAUAUCCCAUCUGACCUGGUCAGCUUACACCACCAUUUACGCGUUGCUCAGGAACAACUGGACAUGGCUUUUCAAACAUACAACACAAAAAACGCUCAAGCUUCCAGAACCAGCAGCCCUGUGUCUGGUGGCACAAUGACAGAGCAAAACCGAGUCAAUACAGCCCAGGAGAAACAAGGUGCUCGACCUAAAGCCAGCACUGAAAGGGUUGGGACAAUACCAAAAAAUGGAAAGACAUCCGUGUGGAUAUGAAUCCACAGUGGUAAACUAUUACUUGACUACUCAUUUGUGGACCAUCAUCUUUGGAUCACUGUUCAUAAAACAUAUUACCCCUGCUAAACUGCUGUAGUUAGGCCCACUGUCGUUUUAAUCCUGAAGUAAAACAUACUAGUCUACUUCAAGACCCAAGAUUUUGGAUUGUGUUCAUUUCUGAAACUGUAUAAGAACUUGCUUUGCAUUGCUUUACCUGUGCUCACCCAUUCCCAGAGCAUUUCUAACUGUGCAUAAAAUAUAUUGUGAUGUUUUUUACAUUACAAUGCAUACAAGUGUAUUGACCAGAUUGGAAAAAACAACAAUUUUGACCUCAAUUGAUCAUCCAUUUAAUCACUACAAAAGAAAGAUAGCCGUCAUUUCACCAUCUAGGUUACUAGACCCGAUAGCCUGACGUUGUCAUACUCAAUUCUAUUCCGAAUUUGAGUCUGAUACCGCUCCAUUGGGCUAUGAUUAUGAGGCGUCUGCAUGUCUCAACCGAAAAAUGCCUCCGCACUCAAUUGGAUAAACCUAUGACCAAUCAGAGCAACGGAGUGUGUGACGUAUGUUGAAAUGACGUCUUUUGCAACAAUACGCAUUACAUUUGCAUGAACAAUAUCGGAGCUUAGCAUGUCCCUCCUCUUAUUCAGCAGCCACGAUUCCGGAAAGAAGCUGGCAACGACCGCUAAUUAAAUCCAUCUCGAAGUGCACGCCGAGUUGCAUCGCCAUGAUACCCAUUUCAGUUGCUUCUUUAACUUGGUCCUCCAUAAGUGCAAUCAACUUUUGCCGAAUCCCGUAGGAUGGACGGCAAAAACAUCUUUCCGAUCAACAAAUGCCUUGAUCGCGUUUCUCAGUUCCUCUUUUAAAAUCAAUGCUCUCUCGAUAUCUUUUAGAACAGACUCAAUGUCAGAAUCCACACAUCUGAAUUUUACAGCGGCAGCCAUUUCGUUGUAAAUAGAUUCAACAACACGCGCUCUUUGGUGACGUGGUUGAUUACGUUACUGUUGAUCAUCUGUCCAUCAUCGUAUAAAGCCCGCCCUGACAAUUUGAUUGGUCGACCAGCUUUGGGUUUCCUCAACAGAGAAACCCCAGACCGAUCUUCCCGUCCUCAAAAUGUUGUGGGCGGGGCUAAGAUCGGCUGGCACCCAGGCUAUAGACCCGAUAUAAUCCAGCGAUGAGUUACACACUUCUAGCCAAAAUAAACUUAGACAAAAAAUGACGUAACCAAAUUUAUCUUAAGAGAUUUAUGAUAUUCCAUCAUGUCAUGUCAGCAAAGUCAACAAUGAUAACAAGGCGUUCAAGGUUUAUUUUAUUUAUUUAUGGACGAUGGUAAAGUGUCCAUUAAAUUUUGCCUUAUUUUACAUGUCUGGUCUGUGUUUUGAUGACUACUAGACGUCUUUUACAGUAAAUGCAAAAUUGCCGGCUGGGAAUCUUAUUCAUCUAUUCCACUUAAAAUAAAAGGCACAAAUCACAAAAGAAAGCCAGACUGACUCUUGUUAGUGAUUAUAUUUUAGUGCUGAUGUGCACUGUACAUUUUACAUGUUGGUUGCAGUGGUCUUACUAAAUGGUUAUGAAUAUAUCUUUAUGAUGUAUUGCUUUCUGGCCCAUGCUGCGGAACAACUAGCUUAAGUUUGUAAACAUCCUAACUACUGGCAAAAUUUAUGCAAUUCAGAUUGAUUGUAUUCAACCUGAAAUGAAAGAAUCCAGAUUUCAGACCUAAACCAAAUGGGUUACAUAACUGACAUGCUGUUACUCUUGACAGCUGGCUUGUUGACUGUUCCUGCAUUGUUUCAAAAGUGACAGCAGCUUCUCAAAGUUAUUUAAAAUUAAACGCAUCUCGGUGUUAAAAUAUGGUGGCCAAAAUUGUUCCAUUAUAAAGCUCGGUUUAUUUGAACAUGGGCACAUUUUCAUGUUUUCCUUUUUCAUUUAGAAAGUAGCAAAAUAAAUGCUGCCUCAUGAGAUUUCUCACACUGCAUUGCCUUUAUGCAAAAGGCAAUAUCAGAAUGCAUUUCUAAAAAUAUUUCAUACAAGAUUAUAAAAAUCUAAUUAUGUUGAUUAUAAAUAUACUUAUCUAUAUAUGAAGAGCUCAGAUGUAGAAGCUGCUCAACACCACUAUUAAAAAUUAGAUAAUGACAUUGACCGAAAAUGCUUUCUGUAUGCACAAUGCAAUUACAAUUGACCAAAUAAUAUAGCAUGUUCGUAGCAGUUGAUAACUGUAAAUUCAAACUCUCUGUGAAAAUCCCCCUUUGGUAAAUUGCACCUUAGUCCUGCCCCAGAAUUAGACCAAUAUUUGGAGCAAAUGUUGGUAUGGUGAGUAAUCAAACUUCCUUAUUGUUGUCCCUGCAUAUCAAUCAUCAAGCAUACAAUAGUUUUCCUUAUAAUUACAAACUUCACCCUUAAAGUGGGAUGCAUGUUUAACUUCUAUUUUUUUAUAAAUUUCUGAAAUCUAUUAUGCAAACAUUUUCACCAAGCUGUUCUGUGAAACUUGUGUACUGUUUAUAUAAAAAAACUUGAUAUCAUGCAGUAGCAACUUGAACUUUCAUGUGUAAUGCACGGUCAAAAUACUCAAACCAUGUUUAAUUUUUACCACAACUGAAAUUUUUAUGAUUAAUAUUUAUUAUGGUUUCAAAGACUAUGUGUUUGUUCAAAUAUUUUUUUUAAAUUUAAUUUUAGGUUUCCUUGCCCAAAACGUGCCUUUAUUGUUGAGAUUGUAAUGAUGUUCUUUAAUUUAUGAGUCAGAAUAAUAAUAAAUUUAGAAUUAACUUA